AUGCCUACGAAGCAUGACGUUUUCGAGUUUCCGGAAGAUCAGUAUGUGCAAAAUCUUGAUUCCAGACAUAAAUCGGCCGAGUAUAGCAGAAUUGUGCAAACAAACUUGGACGAUUACGCUACCGAGGUCUUCGAGAAUCAGAAAACGAUCCCAAAAGAGAUGGGCACGACGGGAGGACCGCCCCGUAACAAACCGUUCCGAGCUUCUCUGUUCUUCGUUCUUUCCGUCGCGCUUUCAAUGUAAAAUUCGUGCGACGAUUUCGAGAACAAUUAAUUUUUCAGGGUUUUUGCUACUUUUUUCACUCGUUUCUCUACUUGCCUCGGCUCAGCACUGUCGUUCGUUACAGUUAUGAUAUUGAGGUCAUCGUAUCAAAUGUAGAGCUAUUCUCAAUCGAAGCCCAAUCGUUUCAGAGAGUGGAACAGAGUCUUCGGAAAUCAGCUCACACCACAUCAAAAAUGCUUCAUGAGAUAUAUGCCGAUUCUGAGGGAGCACAAGUAGGAUUUGCACGCGAAAUUCUACCGAGGAAAGCAUAAUUCAGAGAAUACAUUCCGUGCUACAACAUGGAAUGGCUCUUUGGCUCCAAAUAUCAGCCGUACUAUUAUGGAUGCACGGGCCCACAGCUGAACCCAGAUAUGGACAGGACACCUGAUGAGUUGGUAUAUUUUGAAUACCUUCCGAACCGUAUAAUUGCAGCCCUGAGAGUCGUUCGCCGGUAAAGAAGCGCAGCAACGAAAAGUUGAAAAAAGGCGAUUGA